AUGGUAUUUUUGGAUCCUAAAGCAGACCAACGUGAUGUAACUGGCAAAGCAGUCAAAAUCUUAGAUGAUCUUCAGUUUGUUAAAUUUUGUAAUAGCACAGCAACACAAAGUUUGAAUAAAAAAUUUGAAUUAGCAUGUUUACCACCUACGUCAGAUGCUGCAGCUCACCACAGUAUGAGGGUCUAUCUGCAAAUACAAGAUUGGUUGGGCAAUUCAUUACUUGCAACAACUUGGGGUUGGAAAAAGCAUGGCGAAUGUCUUUUGCCUGUAACAGCAGAUAAACCAGUGGCUCCCGAAUUUAUUCUUAAAAUGAUAUAUUGUAAUGACUGUUAUAAACCCUAUAGCUGCAGAAAAACAGGUCUGAAUUGCUCUAAUCUAUGUGUUCAAUGUCAGGGAACUCUCGCAGCAAUAUAUUCCAAUAGUAUGUAG